ACGGGUUCGCCGACGCUCUGUGUCAUCUCCUUCAUGCUGGUCUACAUGCCGGUCAUAGCCGCUGCCUUCUGGUCCAACAUCCUCGACUACGCAAUCUUCUCGGUGUUCCACGACGCGGCGUCGCGAAUCACGCGUCCAGCGCCACGUCCCGCCUUCCCACGACCCUCGCACAUCCAGCGUCUCUACCGACGACGACCCUGGCGUCUUCGCGGACUGCGUGAGCGGCCUCCCGCUCCCCUUCUUCCUCCCGACUCUUGCGAGUUGCCGAAGAAGCGUCGGGGAGGUGGUGGUGGUGGUGGUGGCGGUGGUGUUAACCAAGCCAUGGAGAGGUCCGUAUCGCCGUCUAGUCCGUCCACGCGGAAGAUCAGCCUGGUGGAAAUGGGGGAAAAAGCGUCAGUUCAACCUGCCAAUCAGAAUGCCUCGUGGAAACUGAGAAGUGGGGACUUCGUCGGCCAUAAUAUGCCCCUCGUCUUCCGCGUCCUCUAUCCCACGUCUUCUGUCCGGGACAGUUUCUCCGACGGCGUGACUGGCCAAUCAGAGGAGGACUUUGGGCGACAGCGAUUGGCCGACCAGCAGCGCGCGACAUUCAAUUCCAUGGGCUCGCAAACCACCUGCAUCCAUAUUGUCGCACUGGCGGCUCCCAUAGUCUUUUCUGUGAUAACCGUUACCGCAUCCGAGAUCGAUGGUGAGCCCCUAUCCGGUCUGUGUUGGGUGGGAAUUCGCACGCUGUGGGCCUAUUGUGCCAUGGUUGUGUCCCCCCUUGUUCUCUGCUUGCUUGCCAAGGCGAUCUACUUGGGUCGUGCGAUUGGAUCAAUGAAACGUCUACGACAAUACCUCCUUGCGACAUCCUACCAACCCGCCGACCGUGAAAUGGCCCAUCGUUUGCUCUUGUGCUUUCGCGCCUAUGUGAUGUUUAUCCUGGCGCUAACCACCCUCUUGGCUUUCUUUGUUGGAGUUCACUUCUACGCCUACAUAGGCGAACCAAAGUGGCUGGAAUCUCAAAGAUUAUUCCUCUUCUGCCAACUCCGACAUCGGUUGAUGGGGCUGGACGGUGUCUCAGCGUCCACGGUCUGUCGCAAUCCCGCCUCGGCAACCUCCACCUUCUACUCAGAGGUCCAGUUCAACAGCCAGGUCGACGGCGGUGGCGGUGUCCGCGUGGAGCGCAACUCAAGCCCUCUGCGGUUCCCCUCCGACUACCCCCCCGCAUCCCUCCUCGAAGACGACGUCGCCAUCCACAAAAAACCCCUCACCGGACCCCUACUGCUGAACCUCUUCACCUACCUCAUGGUGAACCUGGUCUUCGCGUCGAUGUGUCUGCUGGACAGAGCCGUGAAGCGCAAGUGGCUUGAUCUCGCUCGAGGACUCUUCUCAGUUUGCACCUCCUGUCCAACCAAACACCUCGACGCCUCGCGUUGCCUGGAGCAGCCUCCGUUGGCUGUCCCGUCGGAUCCACACACCUUCCACCUUCCUCCAAGUUUCUCCUGGUGGGAUCCAGGUGUCUUCUUCCUCAGUCCACCGAGGAAGACGUCUGCGCUGGCGACAACCACGCGGCAAUGUCGCCACCAUGACACAACCACCACCACCAGCGUGUCUCCGUUGGCCAGGCAUCAGACCCUCUUGGCUUCCACCACCGCCACCACGCAGAUGCGCCCACUCGCCACGUCUGACGUCUCCUGUGCCUGCAAUCGACGCUACUCCUCUUCAACGAACGAAGAAAGUUGGAUCAUGCCGUCGGUGUUGUCGUCGGUGGGCCUCACCAACACGGCCUCCAUCGCACGUCGAGGCGGUGGCGUCGGGGGCAACACGUCGUCGGUGGUGAUCAGCAACGCGACAAGCGCGGCUGCUGCGCCGAUGCACAAGUCCAACUCCCUCAACUCCUCCCAGUCCCUCUUCGCCUCCCGCCGCGGGCGCAGGUCCCCACUCGAGGGCGAGACCCUCUUCAAUCCGCUCUCCUCGUCGCCGUCGCACAGGGACGAGGCCAACAUGGCGACGGUCACUGCGGCGGCGCUGGAACACACUCUGACGAGGUCCGGUCGUCGAAGUCGCCAUCGUCGAAUGUGGCCUGGAAAGUCUUCUUCAAGUGAGUUGCACCUCAAACCCCCGUGUCGCCAUUGUUGGCCAUGUUUGCGUCGGUUAGAGGCGGCGUGGCCUUGUCGCGACGUCUACACAACGUCCACCAGUCUGACGUGCUAG